CCGGCCCUGGCAUCUUGGCGGAAGUUCGUCACGUCGUAGGGCCCCCGCCUGGCGGAUGUGUGUCGCCGCGUAGGUGACGCUGGGAAGUGUCCGCAGCCUCCGCCGCUGCCUUCUGGAAGCGCUAUGGAGGGAGAGAGGAAGAACAACAGCAAGCGGUGGUACUUCACUCGAGAGCAGCUGGAGAACAGCCCGUCCCGCCGCUUCGGCUUGGACCCGGAUAAAGAACUCUCCUGUCGCCAGCAGGCGGCCAAUCUGCUCCAGGAGAUGGGGCAGCGUCUUAACGUCUCACAGCUGACUAUCAACACUGCCAUAGUGUACAUGCAUCGAUUCUACAUGAUUCAGUCCUUUACUCAGUUCCAUCGCAAUUCCGUGGCUCCAGCAGCCUUAUUUCUAGCAGCUAAAGUAGAAGAACAGCCAAAGAAGUUGGAACAUGUCAUCAAGGUAGCACACACCUGUCUCCAUCCGCAGGAGUCACUUCCUGAUACCAGGAGUGAGGCUUACUUGCAACAAGUUCAAGAUCUGGUGAUUUUAGAAAGCAUAAUUUUGCAGACUUUAGGCUUUGAACUUACAAUAGAUCACCCGCAUACUCAUGUGGUCAAGUGCACUCAGCUUGUCCGAGCAAGCAAGGACUUAGCACAGACGUCUUACUUCAUGGCAACUAACAGCCUGCAUUUGACCACAUUUAGCUUGCAGUACACACCUCCUGUGGUGGCCUGUGUCUGCAUUCAUCUGGCUUGCAAGUGGUCCAACUGGGAGAUCCCAGUCUCCACUGAUGGGAAGCACUGGUGGGAGUAUGUUGACGCCACUGUGACCCUGGAACUUUUAGAUGAACUGACACACGAGUUUCUACAGAUCCUAGAGAAAACUCCUAGCAGGCUCAAGCGCAUUCGGAAUUGGAGGGCAUGCCUGGCUGCCAAAAAAACUAAAGCAGAUGACCGAGGAGCAGAUGGAAACACUUCGGAGCAGACAAUUCUCAAUAUGAUUUCCCAGAGCUCUUCAGAUACAACUAUUGCAGGUUUAAUGAGUAUGUCAACUUCUACCGCAAGUGCCGUGCCUUCCCGUCCAGUGUCCGAAGAGUCGUCUAACAAGUUAACCAGUGCGGAAGUGCUGCAAGGCGAGCGUUGGCUGUCCUCUCAGCCUUCUUUUAAACUCGAAUCUUCUCAGGGUCACCGGACUAGUGAAAAUAUAGCACUUAUAGGAGCUGAUCAUUCCUUACAGCAGGACAGUUCAAGUACAUUCAUUGCUCAGAAACAGAGUAGUAAGAGUGCGCCGUCAGCGAAAGUGUCGCUGAAGGAAUACCGAGCCAAGCAUGCAGAGGAGUUGGCAGCCCAGAAGAGGCAACUAGAGAACAUGGAGGCCAACGUGAAGUCACAGUAUGCGUAUGCUGCCCAGAAUCUCCUGUCUCACCAUGAUAGUCAUUCUUCAGGUAUUCUGAAAAUGCCCAUGGAAGUCUUGGAAAAUUCUGAUAGGUCUUUUCUUGAAAAAGCUGACAAAACAGCUCUCAAAUUGAGACUACCAGUGGCAAGUGGAGGUAAAACUGCCUCUGCCAAACCAGAAGAGAUUAAAAUGCGCAUUAAAGUCCACUCUGCAGGUGAUAAGCACAUUGCUGUAGAGGACAGCAUCUCCAAAAGCCGAGAGCACAAAGAAAAACACAGGAUCCCCCCAGCCAAUCAUCACCACCACCACAAUCACCACUCGCACAAGCACUCCCACUCACAGCCUCCGGCCAGUGCUGGCAGCAAACGGCCAGCUGAGCCAAAGCAUAGUAGUAGCCAGUCAAGCACCUUACCCCAUAAAACCUACGGCUUGUCUAGUUCUUUCUCUUCUUCCAGUUCGAGUCGUAAAAGAGGCCCUUCUGAAGAGACUGGGGCCAUGUUUGAUCAUCCAGCAAAGGUUGCCAAGAGUACUAAAUCUUCUUCCAUCAAUUUCCCCUUCCCACCUCUUCCGACGAUGGCUCAGCUGCCUGGGCAUAGCUCAGACACAAGUGGCCUUUCCUUCUCACAGCCCAGCUGUAAAACUCGAGUUUCUCAUAUGAAACUGGAUAAAGGCGCUGCUGGAGCCAAUGGUCACAACACAACUCAGACAAUAGACUAUCAAGAUACUGUGAAUAUGCUCAACUCCCUGCUCAGUGCCCAGGGUGUUCAGCCUGCUCAGCCCCCGUUUGAUUUUGUUCAUUCUUACGGUGAAUAUCUGAAUCCGCGGUCUGCUGGGAUCUCCUCCAGAGCUGGCAAUACAGACAAAGCCCGGCCACCACCUCUACCAUCAGAACCUCCUCCACCACUGCCACCGCUUCCUAAGUAAAGAAGAAAAACAAGAGGAGGAAAAACUUGUUUGAAAAAAUGCUUUUUUUCUUGACUACUGAUUCCGGACUAAGAUAAUUACUUCCCUUAUGAAAUAUAUCACCCUUCUUUGAUUAGGGAAUGCAACUGAUGUGGCGUAGUAGGUGGGAGGGUGAUGGUUGGCCUUGGUUGGUGUAUGUGCUGCCUCAUACAUUGUAACUAUUUUAUGAUAGUUUUUGCUGUUAUGAGAGAGGUGGUCACUUGGUAAAACUGUGAAGGAUUCAGAACACUUUGUUGGCCUCUCCACUUCCUGAUUAGGUUGAUUGGAGUUAGUAUCUUCCCUCUUGUCAGUACUGAAACGUUGAAGGUUUGUUUUAUCAAACAACUGUGGAUCCUUUUGAUGUUUAAUGUGUUGGAAGAGGGGAAGUAUUUAAACAUCAAAAUCAUUUAAAAGACUUUAAAAAAUAAUUUAAAGAAAGUAAGUUAUCUUUAGUUUUUUUUUUAUAUAAUUGGGGAGGGGAUUGAGAUUUUUGCUGUGUGUAAGAAAGAUGCAUAGCAGUAACUCCUGGUGGGUGGGAUUGGAGGGUGGGGAUGUGUUUAGGGUGGGUGGGAGGGGAGGCUUUUGGCUAAGAGUUCUGAAACGGGCUCAAGCCACUCGAAGUGUUGGACCCUUUAAGUAUGUAUGUAAGUGUUGAGUAUGUGUGUUUUUACUGUGUGUGUAAAGAUCAUGUUUUAUCUUUCCCUCCGUGUCCCUAAGCAUUUUCACUUCCCAGCAGUCUACUAGAGAGAAUAGGGUUGGCCUUGGGAUCACAAAGGAAAGGAGAGACGUGUAUCUGACACGGUAUUUCCUCCUUUCUUUAUAAUUGCUGAUUUGGGUAAGUGAAGCUGGUAGCUUGACUGUAGUAAAAACUUCAUUUUCACCCCAUUUUUCAUUUUGAUACAGAACAGAAGUGGGGUUGAGGAAAGUUAGAGUGCAGGGCCAGCCUCUACCCUACAGAAGUGGGGGUGUCUUUUUUUUUUCCAAUUGGGACUUUGAGAAAAUGUUCAAAUGAGAACAGUCUCAGGUUCUCUGAAAAGAAGGCAAGUAUGCUGUAUUUAUCCUGCAUGUGAAAGCCCAGGCCGUAGGAGAAUAGCUCUGGGUGAAGCCAUGGAGCCAGAGGAUACUAUAAACAAUGAAAUUGUGAUUUAGAAUUUUUAGAGCAUUGUAUUUUGCAUUAUGAAUCUAAGGCUUGCUUGUUUGAUUUAUGUAUCUGAAAGGAAAACAGCUUCAUCCUCAAGUUCUACAGCUUCAUUGGUUUUAGAGAUCGGAGCUUGUGAAAGUCAGCAAACCUGUUAGGCGUAGAUUGUCUGAUUUUAGGCAGAUUUUUAAAGAUCUGAUAAGUUUUUUUUUUUUAAUUUCUUUUUUUUUUUUUUUUGUAAACCAAACAGCUCAGGAGUCCCGCUGUUAUGAGGACUUCAUUAUUAUUCCAGAUACUAGGAGUGAACAUUUUUUUUUCCUUAAUCAAAAGAAAUUUGGUUAGAAAGACUUUCUAAACCAAGCUGUUUAACUGAAAAUGCCACCCAGCCACAGAUAAUUUGAUAAGACACAUGUUGGUCUUCGUAAGAUUUUUUUUUUGGUGGUAUAGUUUGAAUUUGUCAUUUUAAAUACAGCUUCCUAUGCACCAAAUAUUGUUUAGGGGGAAGUUGAUUUAUUUUCAAAUUUACAGGAUGGGAAUUGUGUAUGAACUCCUGCUUGCCAGGAUCAGGUUGGGCCAAAAAAAAACCAAUGUAAUUCCAAUUGAUAAUAUACUGGCCUACUACGGGAAGGAAUGUGUAGGAAGGUGUAAACUUAACUGAGGGUGAGUUAGCGUUCUGCAGCUCUUCACUUGCCUGCCAUUGCUUUGUAAAAUAAGUUCUCUGCUGACCUAUAAGCCAGUAAUACUUGACUUGGAAUGUCACUUUAUUUUAAUAGAUGAUAGUUUCCUCUUUUUCAAUAUUUCCUGUGUUGUGUCAGAUAAUUUGGUAAAUGCGUGAUUAUGUUUACUAAGUUUAGGCUUCUAGUUAGCUUUUCUUUGUAGAAUGGCAGCUUCCUUCCUGACUUCGCAAAAGGGAAUAUGCUAUUUAGUUUACAUCUGUAUCCUCGUGGAAUUGAUAGCCACUGAUUUGGUUGUGGUAAGUGUUUUCCAGGGUUUUCAUCGCAUUUUGUAAUGACAUGCACUCCCUCGCCACAGAAGCACAUAUUCAUCCACCUGGUCUCUGGAGCGGUAUUCAUCGGCGGUGCUGUAGUGCUUAUCGAGGGCCUGCUGCUUUGUAGUCUGGUCUUUGUGUAGUACAUCAUUGCUGAAAUAGGUCAGUUUGAGACCCCUGUGCGCUCAUGCCCACUGGUACUGUGUUAACAUAACCAAUGGUGUCUGCCUCUAGAUUGAAACUCCUCAUGGGCUCUCUGAAGCUACUGCAUUGUCUUCAGGUGAGCAGAUAUGUGUGUCAGCAUAUCAUCCACAUUCCAUUAACUUAAGAUUUCUAGGGGGUUGUGUGGUUUCUAAGCUUUGUGUCUUCCCUGCCCUCUCACCUUUAAAAGGUGAGCAUUGGGAUUUAUUUAGCCAAAAAUAGUCUACUAAACAUGGUUUUCUGUUUCAUCCUUGAGUGUGUUAAGUGAUGACAAGCGGGUCUACAGCUCAAGUUCUGUAAAUCUUGAGAUAUUCCUAAUACUUCACUUGACUCUCCUGUUGACAAAAAAACAAAAACCUGUGGAGUGUCCUUAGUGGUUUUUAAUCAGAUAUCUAUGUUGUUGUAGGCUGGACUCUAGUGAAGCAUGAACCAAAAGCCAAUUUCAUCUUCUGAAGUAAUCAGUUGCGCUUUUUGGGUUUGGAAAAUUCCUAGGUGGUAGUCUAGUGUUGCACCUUGUAAAUCACUGUGUUUCUAUAUUUGAGAUCCUUCCUUUUUUUGUGUGUCAAAGAUCAUCUUAAAUGUUUGUUUAGACUUAGUGUAUCCUAUAGAGUCCUGUAUUAUUGGCUUCACCAGUGUUGAUGGAAAAAAAAUUUCAAUUUCCAGUUGCAAAACAUUAGGUUAAAUUAUAGAAAUAAAAUCAUGGUAACAUUGCUGGGUUUCUUUAAACCUCUGCUACAUAAUUCCUCAUUAUUGGAAAUGGGUUCCUCUCAGAUCUUUCUUGUGGACAAAGGCAGUUGGAGGGACCGUAUCCUAGUAUGGUUGGACUACAAAUGUCUCUAUAUUUACUUUGGAAAUUGAUUUUUUUUUUCUUUUACAUUUUCUUCUGUUAAUCUGAUAUCAGUACUAGGAAAGUGGAGAAUCUGGGGCAUUCAGAAGUUUGAGUAGAAGUGUCCUCUUGGGCUUGGGACAAUUUGGUCUGUUCAAGCCAUCAGAUGGUGACAAAAAUCCCUGUAGUCCCACUAAGCGCUGACUUCAGUGACAUUGCUGGGCCCCCAGCUUUCUUGGGCUGUUUGCUGGCGCCCAGCUUCUAGCUGAGUGUUGCUGUCUGAUGGUUUGGGAAGUGUUCGUGUUGCCCCACAGUCAAGUUUUAGUUUACCAACUUAUCUCUUGGUGAAUGUGAGUUUGAAAGCAUCACAGUACUGUAAUCCUACCCAAUGGAGUAAUCUGUAAAUAAUUAUUUUUUAAGUGGGAGAGCUCCAUUUCAGUGUCUAAGUUUCUAAGUAUGAACCUGGAAUUGCAGAAAGGAGGGAAAGAAAACAUGUUGUCUAAAAAAGCGAAGUCUGCUCUUCCCUUCAUCAGCAUGUGUUCAUGGUCGGAUGGAGAGAAGAGAAAGGCUGGGAUUCUGUGUGGCCAUGGUAAGCGUGGAGAGGGAUGCUUGGCAGCAUGCUAAUUGAAGCCAGAGCAAGUAUGUCUCCAUCAAGAACUCUUCAGUUCUGAACCGACUAAUUUAACUGAUUAGUUGUUGAUCAUAAUUGGUUACAAAGUAGAAGUGCUAGCUGGCUGAAGCAUCCAAAGAAAAGAAUGCAGCAGCCUUAGUGUCAAGCUAGGUUUCUGACCUUGAAACUGAUCUUUUCCCUAAUCCUAUUUUGUAUUCCUGAAACUGUCCAUUUUCUAAUCAGACCAAAGAGCAAAAAGGAAAAAAAAAAAAAAACAACAAAAAGUUAAAACAUUUUAGCAAUCUAUGUCACUCAGGUACAAUUUUGUGAGAUUUUUUUUGUUUUGUUUUUAUAGCUCUGUAGAGUCCUUUCUCUGUAUUACCUGCUGUUGCCUCUGUCCUGGGGCACCUCAGUGCUGGGUGCCAUCCUGGGAUUUCUGCCGCCUGUUCAGUGAGUGAUAGGAUGUAAGUGACCAUGGGACUAGUAAGGGCUCUUUAUAAAAAAUAAAUAAAAACAUUUUUUAAAAGGAUAUUGUAUACAUUUUAUAGUCUGGCUAUCAGUUUGAUAUCUUGCUGUCAAGUAUGUUUCUCAAUCUGUAUUUAUCCAUCCCAUCAAUAAAUAUUAAUGCUAAAAACUCA